GUUAAAUGCUUGUCUGAUGUUUGUUUGAAUCUCAUCUAUCAAGAUGGAGCUGUACACAACCGUUCUCACCCUUACCGUCGUUCUCUCAACUGAUGCUAUAUUUGUUCAUGAAGAUUUCGCAAUUGGAAUAUGCUCUAAUACGGAAGCAGAAAGAAUGUUUGGAUUUGAUGAAGAGGAGCUGUGGCAUGCCGACUUUAAUCAGAAGAGAGGAGUAGAAACAUUACCUGAUUUUGGAGAUCCUAUCACAUUUCCUGGAUUGUAUGAAUACAGUGUUAGGAAUACAGAAAUAUGCAGAAGUAAUUUAGCCUUGUGGACUAAAACCUUCAAGAGUCCACCACCAGAAAUGGAUGCACCUCAGACAUCAAUCUAUCCAAAAGAUGAUGUACAGCUGAGUGUUCAGAACACUCUCAUCUGUCAUGUGACUGGCUUCUAUCCUCCAUCUCUCAGCAUCUCAUGGACAAAGAAUAAUGUUAAUGUGACAGAGGGCAUGAGUUUAAGUCAGUACCGUCCGAGGAAUGAUGGUACCUUCAACAUCUUCUCCACUCUUAAGGUUACACCUGUUGAAGGAGACAUUUACAGCUGUACAGUGAACCACAGAGCCCUCCAGGGUCAACCUCAGACCAAAACAUGGGAUGUUGAUGUUGCUUUCCCAAGUGUUGGUCCAGCAGUGUUUUGUGGAGUGGGUCUGACUCUGGGGCUGCUGGGAGUCGCUAUGGGAACCUUCUUCCUUGUUAAAGGAAACAACUGCAACUGACUAUGGAGCCAUGGAGGCAAACAAAAGAAAAGAUCUCUUAAAUGAACUGCAGCUGAGCAAUUUUAAAAUAAUGCUAUUGUGCUCUUGAGUGUCAUUUUACAUGGCAGGUAACAAUAUUGAUGUUAAAGAUAGAUAAAUACAUAAAUACCUAAAUCUGGAUGGUUUAAAAUACUUUAGAAUAAAGAAAAAAAAUGAUAGUUGAUGUUAACUUUCACAGAUCAGUUUGCAAUUCAUAAGAUAUAUUGUACUAAAAACACUUUCUCGUUUCCUUUCCUGCUAGAUUUAGUUCCAUUUCGUAUAAAAUUAAAAACAUACAAAUUAAACAACAUACAUUUGAAA